GCUGAGAUUUGUUUUAUACUCAUCAGUCAGUCUUUACUGUUUAAAUUUUAGUUGUGUUCAAUACUAUUUACGAAUUAUUAAAUAGUCUCUAAUUGUUAAACAAUACUUAUAAAUAUCGUGAUAAUAUAAUCAGCAGUUUUGAGGACGUGAUUAACAUUUUAUUACACUUCGUAUUCGCGGCUUUUGCGGCAUCCGGUUGCUACUUCAUAUAUACAAAUUGUUUGUACGAGAUCGCAAUAUGGCUCUAACUAACAUUGAAAAGGAAUAUGAAGAUUUCGUAAAGAAGAACUCUUGGUUACUUAUUUAUUACAAAAUUUGUAGAGAAGGUCAGCCGCAGAACUUAACUACUAUAGAAGCUAAAAAGCCUCAAAACAAACACUUAAAUAGGUACAGAGAUGUUAGCCCAUAUGACCAUACACGUGUUAAAUUGAACCGAAUCGAAAGGGAUUAUAUCAAUGCCAACUAUGUAAAUAUACCAUGUGCAAACAGAAAGUAUAUUCUUACCCAAGGACCAUUAGCUGCCACUAUGGGACAUUUUUGGCUCAUGGUAUGGGAGCAAUGUUGUACGGGCAUAAUAAUGUUAAACAGAUUGAUUGAAAAUAAGGAGACAAAGUGUCACCAGUACUGGCCUGGUGAAGUUGGAUCAGAGUCUAUUUAUGAAGAUGUUCAGUUGGCAGUCACACUUAUUAGUGAACAAAAUAAAAAUUACUACAUACUCAGAAAAUUCAAACUGCAAGAUUUGGAGAGCAUGAAAACGCGAGAAAUCUUACAAUUCCACUACAUAACGUGGCCCGACUUUAAAGUACCAAAAUCACCAACACAAUUUUUAGAAUUUUUAAGCGAUGUUCGAUCUUCUGGAAUUUUGGAGUCUAGUGGACCACCAAUUGUACACUGUAGUGCAGGAAUCGGUCGAUCUGGUACUUUUUGUCUUGUGGACUCUACCCUCUUUAGCAUGGAAAGUGAUGGAGUUAACAAUGUAGAUCCUAAGGAAAUAUUAAAAAACAUGCGGACACAGCGUAUGGGUUUAAUUCAAAACACGGAUCAAUUCCGUUUCUCAUAUCUGGCGAUCAUAGAAGGUGUUAGAAGAUUAGACCCUAAUUACAAAGCGGCGCCUAUAGAGGAGAUAUAUUCUGAGGUUGAUGUUUCAUCAUCAGAAACUUUAAAUAUUGAUCCAUCAUGUGCACCACCUUUGCCACCGCGGGGAGCGAGUCUCGAAACUCGUCCGUGCUUUGGUCCACUGCCACCAGUUCCUGUGGACUCUACCCAAGAUGAUUUGUGCAGUUCCAGUGACAGCUCAGAAUAUAAUUCACCACUUCAAUCACCAUCGCGAUUCGGACACCUCAAAGACGAUAAAAAGGAAGAAUCAGAGGAGCUGUUCACACAAACAAGCCAAGAAGGCCCGACAUUAAGAGUAAAGGCUGGGACACAAAACUUGCGAAGACCUUUGUGGCGACUGUCGACACCAGAACCGGAGAAAAAACCAAAAAAACCCAAAUGGCUGCCAAUAUCUAUCAUUAUGGCAUUAGGGAUCUUCGCAAUUGGAUUUAUUUACGUUUACUAUUAACCUUUUUAUUAGACAUAUAUUAGUUCAUAAUUUGUGCAAUUAACAUCUAUAUCAUGCAUGUAACACAGUUUUAAGACUGUAAUGUAAUUAGUUUGUAUCAUAAGCAAUUUUAUAUUUCUGUAGAAGACUCAAUUGUGAAUGCCUUUGUGAUUGCUACUCAAUUGGCGGGGGGGUGAAGUGGGCCCUUAUUUGUCAAAUUGCCUAUUUUUACUUUAACACAAUGUAGACAGUUGCCAAUGGCAGCAUGAGGGUCUGUCCGUUGUUGACUGAUCAGAGAAAUUAAUAACGCAAUGUUAAGAUUUACAAAAAGAGGAAACGUGCAUAUAAUAAUACAUUGGAUUCACUGCCAUUUUUAUGAAUUUCAAAUGCUGUAUUAUCUGAUCUACAAUUUUUUUAGGUAAAUAUAAUAUGCAGGUCAUUUUAUUUUGUUAGUUGGUUUAGUGUCUAUUACAAAAGUUUUUAAGUGCGGUGCGUGCGUGUAUUGAUUCAAAAUCUUAUACAAGCUUAGAAGAAAAUAGAAAUGAUCUUUUUUAUAUAGUUACUUUAAUAUUUAUUUUCGAGCAAAUUAUACACUUUUAUAAUCAUGUAUAAAAGUGUGUUUAGUUGUGUCCUAAAACGUGCCUAUAAUAAUACAUUGGAUUCACUGCCAUUUUUAUGGAUAUUAAAUGCUGUAUUAUCCGAUCUACAAUUUUUUUAGAUAAAUAUAAUAUGCAGGUCAUUUUAUAUCGUCGGCUGGUUUAGUGUCUAUUACAAAAGUUUUUGAGUGCGGUGCGUGCGUGUAUUGAUUCAAAAUCAAAUACAAGCUUAGAAAAAAAUAGAAAUGAUCUUUUUUAUAGAGUUACUUUCAAACUAUUUCACCUAUAUUUAUUUUCGAGCAAAUUAUACACUUUUAUAAUCAUGUAUAAAAGUGUGUUUAGUUGUGUCCUGAGAUUUUCAAUCUUUUUUUAUUAGUAGCUGCAUUUCCGUAUUCGGAGAGAGGUGCAUCUGUCAUUUCUUCUUUAUCUAAAAUUAGCGCACAAAAGUAUAAAGAUCAACCUCGGCGAUGUAUGAACGCACUCUAAUUGUUUAAAACUGCAGACCGGUAUGAGAACGCGCGUCGUAUGUAAAAAUCAGUCUUUUAUAUUGUAUAAGGUCUUUAGGUAUGAAAAGCCCACCGCUAACUAUAUAAUGCCAAUGUAUGGACCUAUUAUUAUGAAAUUUUCCUUCUUUCCUUUCUUCUAUUAUUUACAUUCCUACGAAAUGUAUCCCUAGUAUUUGUAUAUUUUUCAACAGAUGAGUUCGGUAACAAGAUAUUAUAUUACUAUAAGACUACUAUAUUCAUUGUUAUCGAAUCUAUCAACGACUUUUUAUUAACAAAGGCAUGUAACACAUCAAUUAAAUUGUAUACUACAACGUAGUUCCUAUAAAUUCUAGAAAUCAUUUUGUUGUGAAAAAAAAUUGUGUAACAGUUUGGCAAUCAAAGGUUCUACUUUACAACCCUCAAAUAAAUCGCCUCUACGUAAGAUAUGUGGGUGAUCCGGCUUAAUUGUAGGAACGCCAACCCACAAUACAAUUAAGUUAUACAUUUGCAUGCCUUUUGUACUGAAAACAUUUAAAAUAAUUAUUCAAUAAAUAGUAUUAAAUCGUA